AUGGCUAAGAAGAAAAACAACAACAACAACAACAACAAGAAUAACGAAGUAGAGAAGAAAGAUGAAGAAAAGAACAAAGGUGGUGACGGCGGAGGAAAGAAAGAGGAGAAACACCCAGCCCCUGUAGUUUUGAAAGUGGAGAUGCAUUGUGAAGGCUGUGUUUCUAAAAUCGUCAAAUCUGUUCGCGCUUUUGAAGGCGUGGAAUCAGUGAAAGCAGAGGCAGCUUCAAACAAGCUUACUGUUACAGGAAAGGUUGAUCCUUUGGAAAUCCGAGACUAUCUCCAACAUAAAGCCAAGAAGAAGGUCGACCUCAUCUCUCCACAACCUCAGAAACAAGAUAACAACAAAAACAACAACAGCAGCAGCAACAAAGAGGACAAGAAAUCCAAUGACAAGAAACCAGACUCUGCUACCAAACCAAAAGAGGCUCCGGUAACGACGGCGGUACUCAAGCUGGGACUUCACUGCCAGGGUUGCGUCGAGAAGAUUCGCAAGAUAGUCCACAAGACCAAAGGUGUGCAUGAGAUCGUAAUUGACAAACCGAAGGAAUUGUUGACGGUCAAAGGGACCAUGGAUGUGAAGGCUUUGACCGAGACCUUGAAGGAGAGGCUUAAGAGACCAGUGGACAUUGUGCCACCAAAGAAGGAGAAGGAAGGUGGUAAGGAUGGAGAUAAUGCUGCCGGAGGUGGCGGAGGAAAGAAGAAAGGUGGCGGUGGAAAUGGUGGGCAAGAUGGUGAAGGUGGUGGUGGUGGUGGUGCUGCUGCUGCUGCAAAAACGGAACAGAACAGGAUGGAGUUCAUGGUACAACCUGGGUUUGGGCCUGGAUUCGGGUACGUGAAUCAGCCAAUCUAUGGAAAUGGUUAUGUGGGUCAACCUGUUUAUUCUUCAUAUGGACCGGAUUAUGGUUACGGGUAUGGAUACGGCCAUGGACCUCAUCCUGGUUAUGGACCGCAUCCGGGACCGGUUGUGGGUUAUCCGGAUCAUUUGCAGUUUAAUGACGAGAACCCAAAUGCCUGCGCCGUUAUCCAGUGGAUAUCCCAUCCAUCACUUGAUAAAUUCACCACUAAAAAUGAGUAG